ACCCGCUCAGGUGAGCGAGGAUUUCCACGCUUCUUCCGACCGCCCCUUUCUCUCCUACACAAGCUGUGCCCAAUAUUCUCGCGAAGAGAAGAAACCAGAGCUCAGCGGGGUACGAAGCCAACUGCAAAACGCCAAGAACUGAAGCUCUCUGGUUUCGCUGAUCACGCGAUGGGAUCUGAGGUUGUCCACAGCGGCGGGUGUCACUGCCGGCGCGUGCGGUGGCGAGUGGAGGCCCCCGCGAGCGUGGUGGCGUGGAUCUGCAACUGCUCCGACUGCUCCAUGCGCGGGAACACCCACUUCGUCGUCCCCGCCGCCAAGUUCCGGCUGGACCCCGGCGCGGAGGAGUCCCUCACCACCUACACCUUCGGCACGCACACGGCCAAGCACACCUUCUGCAAGGUCUGCGGCAUCACCUCGUUCUACACCCCGAGGUCCAACCCGGACGGCGUGGCGGUGACGGUGGCCUGCGUCGACCCGGGCACCCUGGCGCACGUCGAGUACAGGCGCGCCGACGGGAGGAACUGGGAGGAUUGGUUCGCGCGCAGCGACAUCGCCGGUUUCUCCAAGGCGGAGGCGGCGGCGGCGGAGUAGUGGUUACUGGUCAGGUCAGUUUGGUGGUUGCUGGGUGAACAAAAUAAAUGUGUUGCACCUGUGUAGUGAAUACUGUUGUGACUUGAGAAUAAAUGAGCAAUCGCUAGUUGGAGCUGGA